ACCAUCUCACAGCGAUAAAAAUUAUAAUAAACUGAUAAUGUAGACCACAACCACUAUGCGCAUUGCACACCCCACAUCCGCCGGCGAGUCUCCGGGGACCUCCAUGGACGUUGACGAGUCACAGACGAGUCUAUACAGAGCUCUGGUCGAUCGGUGCCAGAGUUUGGAGGCCAGUCACUCGAGGCUGAGAGAGCAGUUGGACAAGCUGGUGCAAGAGAUCAAGACGAACAAGAAGAAGAGAGAGAUAUUGAAGGUGGGGGUCGAGGAAAUUGGUUUAGAUUCCUGGUGGCCGGGUGGUUUUCCGGGGUUCUUCGUUGAUGGGAAUCCGUAUAGGAGGGCGUUGGAGUGUAUGGGUCACGCUGUUCACGUUUGCAGAGCUUCUUCCGGGGAGAUCCUAUACUGGAAUCAUUCAGCCGAAAGGCUCUUUGGAUGGAAAGACUAUGAAGUCCUGGGACAACAAGUUGCUGAAGUCCUAGUUGAUGAAGAAUACUACGAACCUUUUCAGAAAAUCAUGAACAGCUUGAGCAGUAUUGGGCAAUCAUGGUCAGGUCAGUUUCCGUAUAAGAAGAGGUCCGGUGAAAUAUUUAUGGCGAUAGUGACAAAAAGCCCCUCGUAUGAAGAUGGUGAGCUUGUUGGUUUUAUCACUGUUUCAAGUGAUGCUGCAUUAUUUAACAGUAUAGGUUCCGAGAACCUGAGAACACGUGAUCAGGAUCGUGCCGGCCGCCAUGAUCGUCAUCAACCUAGACUACUGCGGGGGUUAAACUUGAAAGGGAUUCAGGGGCGUCCACCAAUUAAUUCUCCAGUGCCACAAAUUGCAUCUUCUGUCUCCAAUCUGGCCUCAAAAUUUCUAUUGCGGAGGCAUGGAGAUAAGUGCAGUGCAUGUGACUCGGAUCAGGACACGGAUCAGGACACUGCAAGAGACACUGAAGGUGCUAAAUUAGGGAGGCCCAGUACACCAGCAGCAAAGGUCUGGGCAAAGCUGCACAUUAAGGGAACUGGGAAUCGUGGAGGAGAUCAAGACGAUGGAGUUACUCAAGAAAAUGAUGCUACAGAUUCGAAGGAAAUGGCCUCAUGCCACUACACUAGGGCUACAGAGGAUAAGGGAGAGAGCCCCCACAAAAAAGAUUCUUGCUUUGUAGCUGAGGGAACAUACUCUAAGGUAUAUAACGGGCAUAGAACGUCUCCCAAUGAAUUUGAAGAGACUUCUCUUCAUGUAGCCGCUUUAGGGGAGUGUACUGAGUGUUUUAGAUUACCGAGACCUGGAGAUCCAUUGUCAAGAACAGGCUGCCAAGUCGACGCGAAGGAAAUGAAACUCGAAGUUUCAAACUUGAAAGCUUUGGAGAUAGAAGAUGAAAUGCAAGAACAAGAAGAUGAUAAACGGCUCCCAAGCUCAGCAGAGACGAUGGGCAGCAAUGGAAGCUCAUCAAGCAAAGGGGAGAAUGAGUCGAACUCUUUAGUAGCUUGUGAGAUUCGUUGGGAAGACCUACACUUUGGGGACGAGAUUGGGCAAGGUUUCUAUGCCAUUGUUUAUCGUGGAAUUUGGAAUGAAUCGGAUGUUGCCAUCAAGGUUUACCUGGGAAAUGAAUGUAGCGAGGGAACUUUACAGGACUACAAGAAAGAGAUUGACAUAAUGAAGAGACUAAGACAUCCAAAUGUACUGCUGUUCAUGGGAGCAGUAUAUACACAGGAGCGGCUUGCAAUUGUCACAGAGUUCCUACCCAGAGGAAGCCUUUUCAGAACUCUUCACAAGAACAAUCAGGCAUUAGACAUAAGACGGCGUCUGAGGAUGGCUCUUGAUGUUGCAAGAGGAAUGAAUUAUUUGCACCGCAGAAACCCACCAAUAGUACACAGAGACCUAAAAUCUUCUAACCUGCUUGUUGAUAAAAACUGGACUGUCAAGGUUGGAGACUUUGGCCUUUCAAGGUUAAAGAACUCGACAUUUCUAACAGCAAGAUCUGGGAGAGGAACACCUCAGUGGAUGGCUCCUGAAGUCCUUCGAAAUGAACCUUCAAACGAAAAGUCUGAUGUUUUCAGUUAUGGUGUCAUCCUGUGGGAACUAAUGACAGAAUCCAUUCCGUGGAACAAUCUAAACGCCUUACAGGUUGUUGGAGUUGUAGGAUUCAUGGACAGAAGAUUAGACCUACCACAAGGCCUUGAUCCCCAGAUAGAAUACAUCAUCCAAGACUGUUGGCAAAGGGAUCCAGAACAGCGUCCAUCGUUUGAAGAUGUAAUCCAGAGAAUGACGGCCCUAAUCGCGAGUGCCGCUGCAGUUUCAACCCGAAGGAGCACUACAGAAACUUAAAACUGCAAUGUGCUCGAUCUAGGCUAAAUGCGCGCGCGCACAGAUAUAUCUAUAUAUAAUAAUAAAUGUCUAUCACAUUGCUACAAGAAUAAACAGUGAAUUCUAAUUUCAUUUUUUUUUUAUGUAAAAGAUUUACACUCCA